GCGAGCAUCUACGACGUACCUUAGACGUGAUUUUCCUUAUACGCGGGGAUUGCGUCCCUGUGAAUCCGCAGCGCAGAAACGUAUAAAUGUCGGUGAACUCUCUGAAUGAUAUAGUAUGAGAGGAUCACAGUACUUUGGUGGAAAAUUCUUCAAUUUGUGUUAUACGCCGUUAUGACACAGCCAUACCUGAGUUACAUACCUACAUAUUUAUUACGUUCCAUGGAUCCAUAAGAUAGAUGCCAAUAGGAUGUGGAAAAAGUGAUAAUAAUAAUAAUACAAUACAUAUUAUAAAGUACAAUUUAUACUAUUAUAUAAAUUUCACAUAAUACAAACAAAGGGUUUACCUAAAGUAAUGUUCAGCAUGGAUGUGAUGAAAAUGGAGCCUGAUUUAGAUUCUGGAUCAGGUUCAUUAUUUGUGUGCAGUGAUGCCCAGCAGGCAGAUGUAACUUUGGUUGAAGUCAUUGCUACCCAGCAGAACAUCAUACAAAAUAUAAGGAAUAAAAUGGACACUGCAACAGUGCAAGAAGCUGCAUCAGUUUCAGCCAGAUUGUUGGCUAAAUGUCAAGUUAGGAAAGGCUUAACGAAUGUCACUUCAAUCAAAGAAGAGUCCAGGGAUGAUGGAACAUCAGAGGAAUAUGGAGUGUACCCAGGAAGUGUGGAGGUGUUAAUCAAUCAACAGGACAUGUCUGAUGGUGAUAGCAGUUCAGCACUUCUCAGUACAUGCUCUAAUAGUCCCAGUAAAAACAUUGACACCUCUAGUGAGAAUGGCAAUGUAAAUAUGCCAACAGAAUGUGAAAACUUAAAAAAGAAAUCUUCUUUGAAAACUCAAGUUAAACAUUACAGGUGUGCUGAAUGCAAUAAGGAGUUUUCAAAACUAGGAAACCUCAAGUUGCAUAUUGGUAAACACACUGGUGAGAACCCUUUCAAAUGCAAAAUAUGUAAUAAAACAUUCAUUAUUAUGGGAAGUCUAGUCAGGCACAAAUGUAUUGAUGUAGGAGCCAAGUGUUACAGUUGUCAAAUAUGUGAAGGAGUUUUCUCAGAUACUGAUAGUUUGGCAAAACAUCGUCAUUCUCAUUUGAUAGACAAACCAUACAAUUGUGGAAUAUGUGAUAAAGCAUUUGCAGACAGUGGUAACCUUGCCAAACAUAGACGAACCCACACUGGAGAGAAGCCUUAUAAUUGUGAAAUAUGUGACAAAGCUUUUUCUAGAAGUGAAAACCUAGCAAGGCAUAGACGGACUCAUUCUGGAGAGAAGUGUUUCACAUGUGACGUUUGUAACAGAUCGUUUUCACGUAGUGAGAAUCUUGCAAAGCAUACACGUGUCCACAUGAAGGAAAAAUCUUGCAGUAAUGAGAGUGAUACACAAUUCUUGCACAGAGGAAGUCUCGAGGUACUAGAUGAAAGAAAUGUGUCAGGGAAGCGUUAUAAGUGUGGUAUAUGUAAUAAACGUUUCUCAGGUAGUGGCAAUCGGGCAAAGCAUAUCAGGACACACACGGGGGAAAAGCCUUACAGUUGUGUAGUAUGUAACAAACAGUUCUCACGAAGUGAAAAUCUCUUGCGACACAGUCGAAUCCACACAGGUGAAAAAUUUUACAGUUGUGACAUGUGUGACAAAAGCUUCUCACGCAAAGAAAAUCUAGAUAAACAUAGACGUUCCCAUGCAGAGCAGACUUAGUAGUGCACAGUCUGUAAAGAAUAUUUUUUAAAUGCCUCAGUAUAACUUACGGGUAUGAAAUUUGUAAAUAAAAUUUUCUUUCAGAUUGGAGGGUUGUAUCAAGCAUGUUCCUAUAUCAUCCUUUCUUACUUUCUUUACUGGGGUGUUCCUUCAUCUUUCUCGGAGCAGUUAUAAGUAAAGAAAAUUUUCUUUCAGAUUGGAUGUGUGCAGAAGCAUUCUUCCUUAUUAUUUAUGAAGGGGUGUUCCUUUGUUGGUCUUAUUUGCCACAGUUACCAGAGUAAACACAUCCCCUGGACAUUUCACUUUAAUUAACUUUCAUAUUUUUACAUAAAUUGUACAAAUUCAGCAAUCUCUCAUUAGCUGUGACUUAACAUUUGUGCCCAGUUUUUCCAGUCACAGCAUUUGGGUAUGUAUCCAUGGUUUUUAAUUUGUGCACCCAUGGAAAAUAUUGGUGGCUUCCGUACCAAGAAAUGUAAAAGCGCUGUCAUCAUCAUCAUCAUGGACUUAAAGUAUCAUUAAUCUGAUGUCUUAAAGGCAAAAAAUAAAACUCAUGAUGUUUUAAUCAG